GUUCAAGCAUUUCGAUAAACUAAACCCACCAAGCUUCUUCUUCUCCCUCUCCAGUUCAAAACUAGAGGCUACCAGAAAAUCUUUCCAAUUUGAUAGUUGGAGAGGAAAAGAGAAUUGAGAAUGGAGCCUCUAGGGACUGUUUCCGAGGGAGAAUGGAGCUCUCUCAGCGGUGUUUGCACCACCGAGGAGGCCGAUUUCAUGGCCCAAUUGCUUAACGAUUGGCCUCUCCAUGUUGACGCCAAGGGCAGCUCUAACGUUGGUGCACAACACGUGCAUUGGCCGAGUCAUGAGUCGAGCAUUGAUCUUUCAGGGAUUGAGGGGAGCUCAUUUUGUUCUUCCGAUGUCGCUCAUAAUUCUAGCUUGCAAUUUUUCCCGCAAACGAUUAGCUAUAACUGCGGUGGCUCUAGCAUAGUUUUCCCUCCUGCGGGUCAGGAGAACUACUACUUGAGUAAUCCUAACGAAAUUUUGGCAAAUAGUACCGGACCGAUGAAUCACGGGUCGUUUAGCUUAGGAUGGAGUAAUGGGUUAAACCAAGAAAUGAGUGAUUGCAAUGUGGAAGAGUCAGGAGGAGGAGCUCAGGCAGAUAGUUCUCUCAAAACCGGCGUUCAGCCUAAAGGAGAAUCAGAAACCUCGGAACGAGAAGUGGCUGAAGAAGAGGAUAAUCGUGGCACCAUCGAAAACGCGAGGAAAAGAUCUCGGACUACUGGCAAUGUUCAAAAGAUGAAGAGGAAUGUUAAGUCAAAGAAGAGCGCAAAUCUUGACCUUCCAAGCCAAGAUGAGGAAGACGGUAAUGCUCAAGGCAACAAUCAGAGCUCAAGCACUUGCUGCUCGGAGGAGGAAUCCAGUGCUUCUCAAGAGCAGAAUGCGGCGGGGGCGACUGCGAGCUCCAAGGAGCCAGCUGUGCUCAACCUUAGUGGCAAAACCCGAGCCAGCCGAGGCUCAGCCACUGAUCCUCAGAGCCUUUAUGCUAGAAAAAGAAGAGAGAGGAUUAACGAACGUUUGAGGACUCUGCAGAAACUCGUCCCGAAUGGAACCAAGGUUGAUAUCAGCACAAUGCUUGAGGAAGCUGUACGCUAUGUCAAGUUUUUGCAGCUCCAAAUCAAGCUCUUGAGCUCGGAUGAUUUGUGGAUGUAUGCCCCGAUUGCUUACAAUGGAAUGGACAUCGGACUCGAUCUGAAGCUGAACAUUCCAAGGUGAUUGUCGCCGGAACGACAAGAAAGGCAAUCAGAGAAAGGGUGGUUUUGCAAUUUAUUUUCUAUCAUAAAUAGACAUUAAAAUGUUCAAUCUCAUCUGACAUUCCUUGACAGAUGAAUCUAUGAGGAAUAAUGAUCCUGAAUCAUCAGGUCAAUCGGAUGCUUCUUGAAUGGGAUUCUUCUAAAUUACCAGCCAUUUUGUUACUUUUGAGGAGUUCUAAUUUCUCAACAGGGAAAUUGAUUCUGAGUUACAUUGUCUC